AUGAGGUUCAGCAGCAUGCUCGUCGCCAUCAUCUCUUACUUUCUAAAUCUUCUGCCUAUCUUUCAUCAACGAACAGUACUGGACGACCGCUCACAGCGCGGCCCAUGCCCUAGAAGCCCUCCUCUAUCGACGACGGAACGGACCGAGUUCGGCACCCUAGGAUGUAUUGUCUACGGCUACCCCUCCACGGGUGGGAUUCUUAUCAAAGAGGCUGACCUUCUCGAUAUGCUUUUCCUAUCGCUCUCCCGCUUUCAUGUAUCGCAGCGCUCACCUAGUGCCGACGAAGAAGACAGAUUCUGUAAUCUUAUGCGACGGACUGGUGCGACGUUGUGGCCGAGUAAAGAGUAUUGGAUCGAGGUGGAGUUAGGCGCGAGGGAGGCCACAGAGGAAGAAGCAAAGGUGCUAGUGUGUGGUUGGCCGACGGAUGGAGCGGGUGUGUGGGUGUUGAGGUUUGGGAGUGCUAGGCAAAUGCCAAGAGGUUUUGGGAGAAUGAGUUUAGCGAUGAAUAUGGAGGAGAAGAUACAGAUGAUGAAAGAGUAUGGCGCUACGUUUGUUGAAGAUAUUACGCAGGUAGAGGAACUUUAUGAUAGCUAA